UCCUGACCGUGCUACGAAUGACUGUAUAAUCCGUGAACCAAUGGUUCAGAUCCGUCGUCCUUCGUGACCUGCCCUCACAUACUCGCCGUGCGCUGCCGCCGCUAUGCCGCGCUCGCUCCCAUCCGCCGCCGUGGCUUCUAGCCGCCGCUUUCUGUGCACCAUGACCGCGGAUACAACCCUAUUCCCAACUCACCUUCUCGCUCUGCCGCCCGUCGUGCCUUCGCCCGCCGCCGAUGAGCUAGCGCGCCUACUCCUCUCGCACCACAACCCCUUCCAUCCGGCCGAGUCGACGCUCCAGCUUCUGUCCGGCGGGGGCGUGUCCCUCUCCCAGAGCCUCCUCGUGCAGAUCCUCCUCCGUCUCCGCGGCGCAUCGAAGCUUGCCCUCUCGCUCCUCAACUCCGCCCGCCUCCACCCAUCACCGUCAGUUUCCUCUCCGCCAAACGCCGACGCGUACGACGCCGUCGUCGACGCCCUCGGCCGCGCGCACCAGUUCGACGCCGCGUGGCGGCUCGUCGUCGAGGCCGCGGCGGACGGCGCCGCCACGUCCCGCACGUUCGCAGUGCUCGCGAGGAGGUAUGUCGCUGCGGGGAUGACGAGGCAGGCGGUGCGUGCAUUCGAUGACAUGGAAGCAUUCGUCGGAAGAGAGCCCGAUGCCGGGGAGUUUACUACUCUUCUCGAUACGCUCUGCAAGUACAAGUACCCCAAGGUAGCUACAGAGGUUUUUAAUAAAAGAAAAUACAAAUACGAACCAAAUGAAAAGAUGUACACGAUUCUAAUAUAUGGUUGGUGCAAGGUAAACCGAAAUGACAUGUCGCAGAAAUUCCUAAAAGAUAUGAUUGAUCAUGGGAUAGAGCCGAACGUAGUUACAUACAACAUUCUCUUAAAUGGUGUCUGUAGGCAUGCAAGUUUGCACCCUGAUAACCGAUUUGAUAGAACAGUUCGUGCAGCUGAGGAUCUCUUGAAGGAGAUGCGUGACAGGGGAAUUGAACCAGAUGUAACGAGCUACUCAAUCGUACUGCAUGUUUACAGUCGUGCACAUAAGGCUGAGCUAUGUUUGUGUAUGUUCCGCUCAAUGAAAGAUAGAGGCAUUUGCCCCACAGUGGCAACAUACACUUCUGUGAUCAAGUGCCUUGCUUCAUGUGGGAGACUGGAAGAUGCUGAGAGGUUGCUUCAUGAGAUGGCAAGUGAGGGAGUAUGCCCCUCCCCAGCAACCUACAAUUGUUUCUUUAAAGAGUACCGAGGGAGAAAAGACGUUAUUGGUGCUCUAGAGUUGUACAAGAAGAUGAAGGCUCCUGCUUCACCAACCGCACCAGAUAUUCAUAGUUACCAUAUAUUGCUUGGAAUGUUCGUCAAGUUGAACCAACAUGGAACUGUUACGGAACUUUGGAAUGAUAUGUGCGAGAGCACUGUAGGUCCUGAUCUUGAUUCAUAUACCUUGCUGAUCCAUGGUUUUUGUGAAAAUGAGAAAUGGAGAGAAGCAUGCCAAUUCUUCAUGGAAAUGAUAGAGAAAGGUUUUCUUCCCCAAAAGAUCACUUUUGAGAUACUGUAUCGUGGUCUUAUACAAGCUGACAUGUUAAGGACCUGGAGAAGACUGAAGAAAAGGGUUGAUGAAGAAGCAGCAAAAUUUGGUGACGAAUACAAAUUGUAUCACAUCAAGCCUUACAAAAGGUGAUAUGAUGCCAGAAAAACGAUGAUCUGUUUCAUUCUUUUGAUUGGUUCAUGCAGUUGGACCCUUGCUGUCAUAUGCGCUUGACUGGAGCAUGAUUGCAAGAUAUAUCUGUGUACCUUCGAACAUGAACUUACGAAACGUGAGCUAAGACGGACUUGAGGGGACUAAAGGAAGGGGUGGGAAGACAAGUGGCAUUAGUAUACUGAUUUAGCGUAGUGAAACUGCCGUUACUUUCGUGCUAUUGAUAUUUGGUGUGUUUGGGUGAACUUGAAGGUAAACUGCUGUUUAAUGAUCUUCAGAUAUUCAUCUUCAGCUUACAUAUGAGCUAAACAGCUCUCAGAGAUAAACUGUUAACCGUUUAUCUUUUUAUUGCAGAAAGAGGUACUCUCUCUAAUCCAUAUUAAUUAUCAAAAUAUUACAUGUAUCUAGACGCUUUUUAGGUAUAGAUAAAUCCAUAUUUUGACAAAUUUGAGACAAGCGGUGGACGCGAUUGAGCGUGCCGUGUGGCUGACAACUACUGGUGCCGGCACAGGAACAAGAAACUCUUCUGUUUAGUUUAUAAGCUUUGUCUUUUGUUGUGUUUCUUUUCGUUUGUUAUUAGAAGCAAUGAAUUUGCCUGAAUCAGUGAUCAGAGUCUGUAAACAGACUAAAUUUUGUCACCAAAUUUCAUCAGCUU